GUCGUUGGACGUCACUCUCCGCUCUUUCCGGUCUUGCUCUUGGCGGCCUAGCGGUGCGGCCGCCAUGGUCCGUUUCAAGCACCGGUACCUGCUGUGCGAAGUGCAGUGUGCGGACCCCUGCUGCCGCCCAUGGCUGGAGGAGCGGUUCCUGGGACGCCUGGUGCGGGAGGCCAUCGCGCGUCUGCACGGAGACUUUGGCGCCGCCGCCUGCGCCAUCGCCUUCACAGUGAAAUACCUCAAUGCCUACACGGGAACAGUGCUUUUGCGCUGUCGCAGAGAUUACUACCAGCUCCUUUGGUCCACUCUCCCCUUCAUCACUUGCUUGGAGAACAAGGGGCAACGGUACUCGUGUUUCUUCAACACCUUACACGUCGGAGGUACAAUCAGAAGCUGUCAGAAGUUCCUGAUUCAGUACAACAGCCGGCAGCUACAGAUUUUACUGCAGAACUGCACCAGCGAAGGGGAGCGGGAAUCCAUCCGGAAGUCCAUCCUGAGCUGUUCGUUGGAGGAAGAGCAAGAGCAGGAUGAGCUUUCCGACAGCGGAGAGGAGACCGCGGCACUCAAGUCGACGGCUUCCUGAGGAAUCAGACCUCAUAGUCGGCCAAGGUGACGGGGAAAAAUGACGACCUCCACGGCCUCUCUGAAGGGCUUGUCGAAUUGGGGAUUCUUGGCCCCUGCCAGCGUUUUGUUCGGAGUUAGCUCUUGCUUCUUGUCAAGCACCAAGAACUGGUAUUAUUCCCACUUGAUUCUUCACCCUAAAGAUGCCCUGCCUCCACUUCCCCUGGAACUGGGCCUUGGGCUCUUUCUGGGAGCAGCCGUCCUCCCAAACCCAGAGAGGGGACCAAAAAAUUCUUUCCUCAGGCUCGAAAUCACACAGCCGUGGAGGGAUUUCAAGAGGGGAGACUUUGUUGCCAAUGACGCGAUGGCUGUCGGGUGGCAGGCACUGUGAGAAUGAAUGAGCCGAAGAGCCCUUUAAUAAAGGCCUCUCAAAGGCACGGCCACGGGGGGCUUUCUUCUAAUAA